CGCCGUCCCCGGCAGGCCCGGCGGAGGCGGGGGCUCUGUUGGCGCCGCUGGGGCUGCUCGGGGAAGAGAAGUGGCAUAAAAAGGAUGAAAGUUGGCUAAUACUGACCUUCUUCUUGGAAAACAUUGUUGGCUAUGGUGAGGGAACAGCUGACAAAGAGCAUUGCUGCAAUGGAGAGUGGAGGUCUGUGCAAGUUCAGCUGCUCUUCUGAAAGCAGAAGCAGCUCAGUAGCUGUUUCAUCAGCUGCGUGAGGAAUCCUUGGAGUCACUGCAUAAGAAUUCUGGAUGGAAACUUGCCAGCUGUGUUAGUGUGAACAAACACAAAGCACACACGUGUUCUGUGGGACUGGCUACUGUGGUGCUCGACUGCUGCUGGGAGCAGAGCCACGUGCCCAGGUGUGCCAGCUGCAUGGCAUUUUGAUGGCUUUGGGCUUCCUCGGGGAUCGGGGACCAGAUUGCAACAGAGGCUGGCUCUGCCUGCUGAUAAAGAAGUUCACUUUGCUCCUGUUACGGCUUCCAUCCAUCAACUUUAGCAGGCCAUCUGUAGAGAAGAGAAAAAAUGAAGUACCUAUUCUUAAUAUUUUUCAUGAACUUAUUGCCACAAUAUGCUGGCAAGUCUUUGAGCAGAGAUGGCAAUUACCCAAAAACAUUUGAAGACAUUAGAAAUGAGAUAGCUGGCUAUUAUGAUAUUGCUAAAGCUAUUAUCGAUCUUGCUGUUUAUGGAAAAGCUCAGAACAGAUCUUAUGAAAGAUUAGCUGUUUUUGCUGAUACCAUAGGACCUAGACUAAGUGGUUCAAAAAAUCUAGAUGCAGCCAUCAAGUAUAUGUACAGUGCUCUGCAGAAAGACGGGCUGGAGAACGUGCACCUGGAGCCUGUGAAAGUACCUCACUGGGAAAGAGGAGAAGAGUUCGCUAUGAUGCUGGAACCAAGGAAUCACAGCAUUGCUAUUUUGGGACUUGGGAGCAGUGUUGCAACUCCUCCGGAAGGAAUUACAGCGGAAGUCAUAGUGGUAGCCUCUUUUGAUGAACUGCACAGAAGAGCUCAAGAGGCCAAGGGGAAGAUCGUUGUCUACAACCAACCUUUCAUCACUUAUGGUGAAACUGUGCGGUACAGAUCACUAGGAGCAGUGGAAGCUGCUAAGGUUGGAGCAGUGGCAUCCCUCAUUAGAUCCGUUGCUUCUUUUUCUAUUGAUAGCCCACAUACUGGCUGGCAGAACUAUCAGUCUGGCAUACCCCAGAUUCCCACUGCUUGCAUCUCUGUGGAAGAUGCUGAAAUGAUGUCACGGAUGUCUUUCCGAGGCACUAAGAUCGUUGUGUACCUGAAGAUGGGAGCCAGGACCUACCCAGACUCUGCUUCUUUUAACACAGUGGCAGAAAUAGUUGGAAGCAAGUACCCAGAACAGAUUGUGUUGGUCAGUGGACAUCUGGACAGCUGGGAUGUUGGGCAGGGAGCUAUGGAUGACGGCGGCGGAGCAUUUAUAUCAUGGGAAGCAUUAACACUCAUUAAGGAUCUGGGACUUCGUCCAAAAAGAACUCUGCGUUUGGUGCUAUGGACAGGAGAAGAACAAGGAGGAAUAGGUGCUGAGCAAUACUACCAGUUGCAUAAGGAAAACAUCUCUAACUUUGAUAUCGUCAUGGAGUCUGAUGAGGGCACCUUCAAGCCAUCUGGGCUGGCUUUUACUGGUAAUGCCAAAGCUCAUGACAUCGUGAGAGAGAUCAUGGCUCUGCUACUGCCUAUCAACAUUACAGAAGUUUAUGACGCUGCAGAUGGAACAGACAUCAAUUUCUGGAUGAGGGAUGGAGUGCCCGGUGCCAGCUUACGUGAUGACCUCAGUAAAUACUUCUGGUUUCAUCAUUCUCAAGGGGACACAAUGACAGUUCAGGAUCCAAACCAGAUGAAUCUCUGUGCUGCUGUUUGGACUGUUGUCUCCUAUAUAAUUGCUGACAUGGAGGAGAUGCUGCCAAGGUAA